AUGUCAGAACCGGUUGGAGAGUCUAACCUCGUUGCAUAUUUGGAAGAGGCAGCUAGAACAGCCGGCGAUCUCGAACAGCGCAUACAUGUCUUCGAAUCAUAUAACAAUGCUACAAACUCUGAACCGAACAGCUUGCAGCUCUGGUUAGCUCGAUGCAACUACUUCUGGUCACUUUGGCAGAACAGCAACAGUGAUGCGGCGAGCGACUGGGCGGAAGACGAGCGAUCAAUAGGUCAAGAGCUGUUCACGCUGGAGGCUGCCCUCCAGUUAUGGCAGCAAGGCUACCAGGCUGUGGAAUACCGCAUCUCGGAUAGCCACGAACUGUGGAAUCGUUGGAUCGAUCUCGAACUGGAGCUUCUACGAAAACAGCACACAUCGGAUGACAUCGAUCGAAUCGCUACAUUGUUUAAGGAACGAUUGGCAACACCGCAUUUGGCAUGGGAUGAGACGUCACAACGAUUUUCUAGCUUCCUCUCAGAAUUCAACAGUAGCGCCUGGGAGAGUGGCAUGCAAGAGGCUACGUCAGCAGCACAACCAGCGAAAAAGAUGCUAGAAGCGCGCGACAAAUACGAAACGAUACUUCAAAAGUCCUACCGGGAUGGUGAUCUUGAGCUUCAAAAGUCUACCAUGCUAGAAUAUCUAGAUUGGGAAGUGCUCCAGUGUCGUAUAAACCGGUCUGAUUCAGCGCUGCCCUUUCUGCUCGCCGAGGGCCUCUUUGCUAGAGCCCUUGGUGGUAUCUUCGCUAAUGACGAGGCAGUUUGGUACGAUUAUUGUGUAUUAAAAUCCUCCGCCACCCGUGACGGAAGUGACGAACUGCUAGAAGCUGCCUCGGAUGCUAUUGAGCGUGCUUUGGCUCAUUGCCCAUGGUCCGGUCGAUUAUGGAGACGCCAUAUCCAACUGCUUGAAGAAACCACCACUGAUAUCAGUGCCAUCAUCGCGGCAAAAGAUAGUGCUAAGUUGAAAAUUGAUAUCGAACAACACGGCAUGGAAGAGCUGAUGCAAGUAUACGAAUGCGUCUUUGGCUCGCUGAAACGGCACCACUCCGUCAAUCCAACCGCCACGGAGGAUAUUCAUACCACUUUUAUUGAAUGUCUGCGCGAAGUGCAGCAAAUUGGGAAGAAAUAUGCAGGAAAGGCUUACCAAGGCGAUCCAAAAUUCCGAUUGGAGCGCAUCUUCGCCGAGUUUCUCUCAGAAUCGGCUGGUGCGCCGGACAUGGCAAGGGAGCAGUGGCAAACAUUGGCGCGCAAGCGCUUAUAUUCUGACAAUCAUGACUUCUGGCUUCAAUAUUACAAGUGGGAGAUGCAGGUGUACCUUUCAGACAGCCAAACCCAGGGCAAAUCACCAACAGAAGCUACGAAUGUGCUAAAGAGUGCCGCUAAGCAAAAGAUGCUGGACUGGCCGGAGAAGAUUCUUGAGCUUUAUGCACAGCAUUCUAACGACUAUGAAACACCGGCUAUUGCUCGCACGAUACUAGAUGAUAUCUAUAGAGCAGAAAGGGGUGUUAGGAAGCGCCGUGAAAGAGAGGAACAAGAAAAGGCAGCUGAAUACGCCGCAUAUUAUGGUACCCAAACAGCACAGGCUACCACAGACGAUGCAACCGCUCCAGCUGUUUCUCUUUCAAAUCAGAAGCGCAAGCAUGCCGACCAUGAUGUUGCCGAACAAGACGCUAGCGUUGCAAAACGCCAAAAGAAGACAGACGGCACUCUACAAGCUUGCACCACCGGAUCUGAGGAGACGAAGCGUGAUCGAGAAAAUUCGACAGUUGUUGUAACAAAUCUCCCUGCUGAUGUGACUCAGACCAAAGUUCGACAAUACUUUAAAGAAUACGGACAUAUCAAAAACAUCACGGGUAUGGUUCGUGAGAGUGAUGGAUCAAGCACGACAGCCUUGAUUGAAUUCAACACACCGGCAGAGGCAGAGUCGGCCUUGCUCCGUGAUAUGAAGUACUUCGGCCAGUCCCAGAUUCGUGUCGGAUCUGGUCACGACUUGACUGUAUACGUUGCAAACUAUCCACCAGCAGCGAACGAUGAAUACAUGCAUCGUCUUUUUAAUGACUGUGGCGAAAUUCUUAGUAUACGUUGGCCUAGCUUAAAAGUUAACAGCCACCGUCGAUUUUGCUACAUUUCUUUCAGAGACCGAAAAGCCUCCGCAAAGGCAGUGCAGAAAGACGGACUUUUGCUGGAUGAGAAAUUCAAACUGCUGGCCAAGUAUUCCGACCCAGGACAAAAGAAGAACAGAGAGGGUGCUCUAUCCGAAGGCCGUGAAAUUCAUAUAUCCAAUCUGGACAGUGGAAUAACCGAAGAGAGCCUAAAAGAUAUAUUCUCCAAGUACGGCAAGGUGCUUCGCGUCAAUUUGCCAAGGAAUAUGUCAGGGAAAACGAAAGGAUUUGCAUUCAUGGACUUUGAAACCAAGGAUCAAGCAGAAACUGCCAUUGCUCAACUUCAUAACACCAAGAUCCGAAAUCAGAUUGUACAAGUACAGCUCUCCAAAGACUCCAAGGUUAAGCACACAUCUACUACGACGAGCAUAGCCAACGCAGUAGUCAGUGGCGAGGGCCAGACUGCAGCGACGGACAGUGCUGAGAUUUCUGGCCCUUCGGCACAAGACGUCCUGGCACGCACUGUCGUCGUCCUCGGCUUUCCUGAUACAGUUAAUGAUGCUCGAAUUCGUGCCGUUGUUGAGCCCAUGGGUGAAAUUGUCCGUUUGGUGCUAAUCCCAGGCAACGGUGGAGCCAAGAUUGAAUUCAUCGACGCCAGUACGGCUGGCAAGGCAGCUUUACAGUUGGAUAAUAUGGAUUUCGAAGGCUACUCGCUGCGCAUUGGGUCUGUUAAAGAUCUGCACCAGGCAAAGGCUGAGAACCGGGAGACAGCAAAGCAAAAGCCAGUGGCGUUUGCGGGAGGUUUAAUGCCCUCGCAGGCUUCCAGGAACAGGCCUCCAUUGCGAGGCGGUAAGCGACGAGGCGGGUUAGCUGCUGGCCCAAGAAUUGCUACAGCCGCCAAGACAGGCACCGUUGAUAAGGCAAAUCCAGCGGAAGGUGCCAAGAGUAAUGCUGAUUUUAAGGCAUUAUUUUUAGCAUCGAAAGAAAAGGCGAAUGGGGAAUAG